CCCUCUCUCCCGGCCGCGGAGCAGCAUGGCGGAGCCCGGGCAGCGGCCGCGCGGCCGCCCGCCGCCCCUCUGAGCCGGACUCGGGGGCAGCCCGCCGCCCCAGAGCCGCCCCCGACCCCUGCCGCGCCCUCCGCCGCACUUGUCCCACUGCGCGCCUCCUGGAGCGCCGCGCACCCCUGGGACCCUUGCGCGCCCCGGGCGCCCAGCAUAACCCAGGGACCCCCGCGCACCCCAGGUUCUCGGUUCUGCCCCAGGAACCCCGCGCGCCCCUGAACCCCGACGCAGCUCCGGGACCCCGCGCGCCCCCGGACCCCAACACGCCCUCAGCACCUGGGGGCUCAGCCAGCGAGGUUGAGCGCCCGGGGGCGGGGCCCAGCCCUAGAGGGUCCCUGUCUUCCAACAGACGGAGCCCCGCCCCAGAGAAACCCCCAGGUUCGACAGGGACAGUCAGCCACGCCCCAGAGGGCGACCAGCAUCCUGUGGCUGGAGCCCAGUGCUCCAGAGGAAACUCCGUGCCCAACUGGGGACUCCCCGCCCCGCUGAGGGGCGCCGCCCGGGAGGGUCCCCCGCGCCCCGCGGGCCGCGGCAGGAUGCACGCCGCCCUGGCGGGGCCGCUGCUCGCCGCCCUCCUCGCCACCGCUCGCGCCCGCCCGCAGCCCCCUGACGGAGGACAGUGCCGGCCGCCCGGAUCGCAGAGGGACUUGAACUCCUUCCUGUGGACGAUUCGUCGUGAUCCGCCGGCCUACCUGUUUGGCACUAUCCACGUCCCCUACACCCGUGUCUGGGACUUCAUCCCGGACAACUCCAAGGCAGCCUUCCAGGCUAGCGCCCAUGUCUACUUUGAGCUGGACCUGACAGACCCCUACACCAUCUCGGCCCUGGCCAGCUGCCAGCUGCUGCCGCACGGGGAAAACCUGCAGGAUGUGCUGCCUCGCGAGCUUUACUGGCGCUUGAAGCGCCACCUGGACUACGUCAAGCUGAUGAUGCCCUCCUGGAUGACGCCCGCUCAGCGGGGCAGGGGGCUCUAUGCUGACUACCUAUUCAAUGCCAUCGCGGGCAACUGGGAGCGCAAGAGGCCCGUCUGGGUGAUGCUCAUGGUGAACUCGCUCACCGAGAGGGACGUGCGCUUCCGCGGGGUGCCCGUGCUCGACCUCUACCUGGCCCAGCAGGCUGAGAAGAUGAAGAAGACCACAGGGGCUGUGGAGCAGGUGGAGGAGCAGUGCCAUCCCCUCAACAACGGGCUCAACUUCUCCCAGGUGCUGUUUGCCCUGAAUCAAACCCUGCUGCAGCAGGAGAGUGUGCGGGCCGGGAGCCUGCAGGCCUCCUACACCACGGAGGACCUCAUCAAGCACUACAACUGCGGAGACCUCAGCGCAGUCAUCUUCAACCACGACACAUCCCAGCUGCCCAACUUUAUCAACACCACCCUCCCGCCACACGAGCAGGUGACGGCCCAGGAGAUUGACAGCUACUUCCGCCAGGAGCUCAUCUACAAGAGGAAUGAGCGCAUGGGGAAGAGGGUCAUGGCGCUUCUACGGGAGAACGAGGACAAGAUCUGCUUCUUUGCCUUCGGAGCAGGUCACUUUCUGGGGAACAACACAGUCAUCGACAUCCUGCGGCAGGCAGGGCUGGAGGUGGACCACACACCCGCCGGGCAGGCCAUACACAGCCCUGCCCCCCAGAGCCCAGCGCCCUCUCCUGAGGGGACCUUGACGAGCCCGGCCCCAGUGACCCCAGCUGCUGCUGUCCCCGAAGCACCCUCCGUGACCCCCACCACCCCACCGGAGGAUGAGGAUCCAGCCCUGUCCCCACACCUCCUGCUCCCCGACAGCCUCAGCCAGCUGGAAGAGUUUGGCCGACAGAGGAAGUGGCACAAGAGGCAGAGCACACACCAGCGGCCACGGCAGUUCAAUGACCUCUGGGUCCGCAUCGAGGACAGCACCACCGCCUCGCCGCCCCCGCUGCCCCUGCAGCCCACCCACAGCUCCGGGACGGCCAAGCCCCCCUUCCAGCCCUCAGACCUGCUACAACAGCAGGACCUGCCAGGGCCCGCCAGCAGCUCGGCACCCACCCUGGGCCUCCUCCCCGCCGUUGCCACCACCAUCGCUGCCCGCUUCCUGCUGCACAGCCUUGGGCCCUCUUGACCUCGGCCACCCCAAGUGGAGAAGCCAGAGAAAUGACACAGGGGUCUUCGGCCACACCCCACCGCUCCUGCCACCACCUGCAGGGGUGCCCAACACCUCGAGGGCAGUCCAGACGGGAUCGGCUAGACACUAGAGCUUUACUGUACCCAAGUUACAUCUUCUUUUUUGUAGAAGGAUCUUAAUUUCCCAUAGUGCUAUGGGGCUCUUUUGUAAAAUACGUGUCCAUAUUAAAAAGGAGAAAUGUAUUUAUUCUACUGAUAAAA